CAGUGUGAGAGGAGGACCACACCUGGCAGUGGGGAGGGAAAGGCUGCAGCAAGACCUGCCUGCCUGCCUGGCCCGGGCCAAUCAGAGCCCACGGCUCCACAGCACAGGGGCGACCUCUUCUUUCUUACCGCUGUGCCUUUCACUUCUGGCAGGACACUCACCCCGCCGGCCGCACCACAGUCUCCAAAGAAACUACUUCUCAGGACCACAGCUCUGAAGACCACGCUCACAAUGCAGACCCAGGUGGUUGUGACUCAACCUGGAUUUGUGCGUGCACCCCAGAACUCCAACUGGCAGACGGGCAUGUGCGACUGCUUCAGCGACUGCGGAGUGUGUCUCUGCGGCACGUUCUGCUUCAUGUGCCUGGGGUGCCAGGUUGCGGCCGACAUGAACGAGUGCUGCCUGUGCGGGACGAGCGUGGCGAUGCGGACGCUGUACCGGACCCGAUACGGCAUCCCGGGCUCUAUUUGCGAUGACUUCAUGGCGACCUUGUUCUGCCCCAUUUGCACACUUUGCCAAAUCAAGAGGGACAUCAACAGGAGGAGAGCCAUGAACGCCUUCUAAGGGACGACGGUGCAGAGCUACCGCUAAGGCAGCUGAAACCACCAGACGUCUCUCCUCGGCCUGAAGAUCUGUCUAUCCUUUGUAACUGAAAUAUGAUGGAUAUUUUUAAUGAGGAUAAUGGCAUAAAAAAUCAGAUUUUUUAAAAUGAA